AUGUCUGCGGAUAACGACGACUUUCAUCUCAACCCUCUUGUGUGGGAUCCUUCGUGGAGUAGACUACCCGAGAAAGAAGAAACAGGGGGCUACAAAAACGCCCAAGCUCAAGCCCGGGAAGACUGGGUCGUCAGGUUGCGUUUUCUACAGGACAACGAUGAAAAAGAAAGAUUCGGCACGGGAUUCUUUCUCAAUAUUCCUGGGGCAAAUUUUUAUAUCAUCUUGACUGCUGGACAUAAUAUUGUUGACAAAAGUGGGAACCGCUCAACGAAGUUGCAAAUCGAUCGCCACGGACAGAACAAAGCAUUGGAGCCGAUUGAGAACCAAGUCUUCAUCUGUCCAUCAUAUCACGGCCAGCAUACUCCAGAGUAUGAUUACGGAGCGAUUCUGAUCCCCAGACAGUUUAAAAAAGCCGGGGACAAGAAACCCAGUGACUCGGACCUUGGGUUUGGCUUUGCGCUGAACUUGGGCUAUGAGGAGCUACGUGAGAAGAAGCUUGAGCUGAGCGGGUAUUAUCCUCACGAAGAAGCCGGAAGAUCAAAUGGUAAGAAGCAGCAAUCUGACAAGAAAGAAUUGCAGUCGCUAGACACUUGUAGUGGAGACUGUUUGAGUGCCCAAGACGGCCACCUGGUCUAUAGGAUUGAAACUGCUCAAGGAUUGAGUGGGUCGCCUGUAUUUAUGCCUUACAACAGUCAUGAGACAGUAGUAGCGAUUCAUAACAAUGGUCCCGUCAAACGCGGGAAAGGAAGCAGUGGAGCUCGACUGAAUGCAAAUCUUCUUAAGCAAGUAUUUCAGUGGGCUGAUAUUAUCCAACACAAUAAGGCGCUAAAGGUGGACUCAGCAGACAAAAAAGACCCUCACCCUGAUCCAUUGUAUCUGCACUUUCCGUCCGAUGAAGAGUACGCAUGGGUCCACUGGGGUGAGGACGGACUAGACACUGCAUUUGACGUAUUCCCCGCCUAUGCAUCGACUCCUAUUGCGCCCAUCAACAUGCUGCAUGUCUUUCAGCACUGCCCGCCAUCUGACUGGUCGGAAGAUCGAAAAACCCAGAAGUGGGUAUUGUGGGAUGUGAUGACACAGGGUGUCACUCUUACAGAUACUCUGCAGCAGUUUUGCUUUGUGGAGCUUAAUCAAUUCAAGAAGACAAGAUUGUUCUCUGUGAUAAUCAGAGCCAAGGAUGGGAAAAAAUCGGAAUUGUGGCAGUUGGUGUUGAAUAGCGAUGGUCUGACAGAUCUGGAUCGGCAAAUGGGAACUUAUGAUGGUGCAGGAGUCUCAUUAGACGAAAGGAGCUCUAAUAUACCAAUCAAGGUGUGUUCUCUGCUGGUCCUGACGAGUACUUUGCUAAUGGUCGCAGUAUAA